GGAGGUGGUGGUACCUUGGCCAAACUGUCUCAGUUUAGGUAAAGGUAGCGCAGGAAAAGUUGAAAGGGGCACACAGAUGGUGUGAGUUUGGUCGUCGAGCGCUGGUUUAAGUAUUAAUUUAAGGUAUUCGUAGUUUAUCACAGCAGAGUAGUGGCUUCGGAACCGACGGCUGUUUGGACAAGAACGUUAACGUUACACAUUUAAGGAGCUAACGUGACCACAAUCUGCGCAUUCCUGAAGUUCUGUGACUGUCGAGUUGGCAGAGAUGUUUCAGAUAAAGAGGAUCUGUUGCAUUGGUGCUGGGUACGUAGGAGGCCCCACAUGUAGUGUGAUUGCCCACAUGUGUCCAGAGAUCACAGUGACAGUCGUGGAUGUCAACGAGUCCCGCAUCAAAGCCUGGAACUCAGACACCCUGCCCAUAUAUGAGCCGGGUCUGAAAGAGGUGGUUGAAUCAUGCAGGGGGAGAAAUUUGUUUUUCUCAACAGACAUAGACUCAGCCAUCAGGGAUGCAGACCUCGUCUUUAUCUCGGUUAACACCCCAACCAAGACCUAUGGGAUGGGGAAGGGUCGUGCGGCCGACCUCAAGUUUAUUGAGGCGUGUGCUCGGCGGAUUGUGGAGGUGUCUGAUGGCUACAAGAUUGUCACAGAGAAAAGCACGGUCCCAGUUCGCGCUGCUGAGAGCAUUAGACGGAUAUUUGAUGCCAACACCAAGCCCAGCCUCAACCUACAAGUGCUGUCCAACCCAGAGUUCCUUGCAGAGGGAACAGCAGUGCGGGACCUAAAGGAGCCAGACCGCGUCCUGAUUGGUGGAGACGAAACAGCCGAAGGUCAAAGGGCAAUCAGAGCGCUGUGUGCUGUCUAUGAACACUGGGUCCCCAAAGCAAGAAUAAUCACUACCAACACGUGGUCGUCCGAGUUGUCUAAACUGGCAGCCAAUGCAUUCCUGGCCCAGCGAAUCAGCAGCAUCAACAGUAUCAGUGCUCUGUGUGAGGCCACCGGGGCCGACGUAGAGGAGGUUGCGAAGGCAAUCGGUAUGGACCAGAGAAUAGGCAGCAAGUUUCUCAAAGCCAGCGUAGGUUUUGGUGGAAGCUGUUUCCAGAAGGACGUGCUGAAUCUGGUGUACCUGUGCGAGGCGCUGAACCUGCCUGAGGUAGCCUCCUACUGGCAGCAGGUGAUAGACAUGAAUGAGUACCAAAGGCGGCGGUUUGCCUGCAGGAUAAUUGAUUGCCUCUUCAACACUGUUACUGGUAAAAAGAUUGCUCUGCUGGGCUUCUCCUUCAAAAAAGACACAGGUGACACAAGGGAGUCGUCCAGUAUCUACAUUUCUAAAUAUCUGAUGGACGAGGGAGCCAAGCUAUUCAUCUAUGACCCCAAAGUUCUUAAAGAACAAAUCAUUCAUGACCUCUCCCAGCCCAGCAUCUCGGAGGACAACCCAGAAAGAGUGUCAGAGCUGGUGACUGUGACCUCUGACCCUUACGAGGCCUGCCAGAGUGCACAUGCAUUGGUCAUCUGCACAGAGUGGGACAUGUUUAAGGAACUGGACUAUGAGAAGAUUUACAAGAAGAUGCUGAAGCCGGCUUUUAUAUUUGAUGGUCGCAGGGUGCUGGAUCACCUCCACCCUCACCUCCAGAACAUCGGCUUCCAGAUCGAGACCAUCGGUAAGAAAGUGACCGCAACACGAAUCCCUUACACUCCGGCAGCUGUUUGUCCUCGCAUCACUGCCAGUGAACCUCCCACCAAGAAAGCCAAAGUCUAGAACUCCCUUCACCCCCCACACAUGGAACACAUUCCUCUCUCGGCCUUUUUGUUGCUGGUGAAACACUUCAUCGGGUCCAACCCCCUCUGUGUGUGUCACAGUUACAGUGACUAAUCGCUUACCUGCAGUAGGUUGUAUGAGAGGAAAAAGUUGAGCCUUCAGUCCAAAAUCGUGUGAAUGUGAUCAAUGAAUGUGUUUGACUCUUUGUAAGCUCAGUUUUAAAUUUAUACAUUGCAACGUCAAGUAGCAUUUAUCAACCAAACAUUUCAAAUGCAGGUAAACAUGUGCCGUCUGCAGUCGAUUUCAAAAGAACACUAUUGGCGUGAGUCUACUUUCUUACAGUAUUUACUAUAUGAUCAAGUAUUGUUGCUAAAUUGCAAAAUUUUAUACUAUUUUUAAAAUAUUUUUAUAAAUCAUCUUACUGUAUGUUAAUCAGUAUUUGUCCUCUGUACCAGUGACGGCUUACUAAAAAUGACAAUACAAUAAAAUGUGAUGU